GCUUCCUGAACUUCCCAGCACUUUUGCUCUUUAACACUCUCAGGGUUUUCCAUGGUGACAUCUGAUGUCCAGUAAACACUAAAGCCAUGGUCAUUCUUCAGCAGGGGGAUUAUGUGUGGUUGGACCUGAAGACUGGCCGGGAGUUCGAGGUGCCUAUCGGGGCGGUGGUGAAGCUCUGUGACUCGGGUCAGAUCCAGGUUCUGGAUGACGAGGGCAGCGAACACUGGAUCUCCCCGCAGAAUGCCACCAACAUUAAGCCAAUGCACCCCACCUCCAUCCACGGGGUGGAGGACAUGAUUCGGCUGGGGGACCUGAAUGAGGCGGGGAUUCUACGCAACCUCUUGAUUCGCUACCGAGAGCACCUCAUUUACACGUACACAGGGUCCAUCCUGGUGGCGGUGAACCCCUACCAGCUGCUGCCCAUCUACACAGCCGACCAGAUCCGCCUGUACACCAACAAGAAGAUCGGAGAAAUGCCUCCGCACAUCUUCGCCAUCGCAGACAACUGCUACUUCAACAUGCAGAGGAACAACAAGGACCAGUGCUGCAUCAUCAGUGGCGAGUCUGGCGCAGGGAAGACGGAGAGCACCAAGCUGAUCCUGCAGUUCCUGGCAGCCAUCAGUGGGCAGCACUCCUGGAUCGAGCAGCAGGUGCUGGAGGCCAACCCCAUCCUGGAGGCCUUUGGGAAUGCCAAGACCAUCCGUAAUGACAACUCCAGUCGAUUUGGGAAGUACAUUGACAUUCACUUCAACAAGAGAGGAGCAAUAGAGGGAGCCAAAAUUGAGCAGUACUUGCUGGAGAAGUCCAGAGUGUGUCGGCAGGCGCAAGAUGAGAGGAACUAUCAUAUUUUCUAUUGUAUGCUGAAGGGUAUGACUCCAGACCAGAAAAAGAAGCUUGGCCUCAGCAAAGCCACAGACUAUACCUAUCUGACCAUCGGAAACUGCACUGUGUGUGAUGGUCGAGAUGACCAGAAGGAGUAUUCUAACAUCCGCUCGGCAAUGAAGGUCCUCAUGUUCACGGACACAGAGAACUGGGAGAUCUCCAAGCUUCUGGCCUCAAUUUUGCACCUGGGCAACCUCGGCUACGAAGCCCGCACAUAUGAUAACCUGGAUGCCUGUGAGGUAGUCUGCUGUGCAGGUCUGUCCACUGCCGCAAAGCUUCUGGAGGUUGACUCUAAGGAUUUGAUGAACUGCUUGACCAGUCGCACCAUAAUCACCCGUGGAGAGACGGUGUCUACGCCCCUGAGCAUUGAUCAGGCAUUGGAUGUACGGGAUGCCUUUGUAAAGGGAAUAUAUGGACGCUUAUUUGUGUGGAUUGUCGAAAAGAUUAAUGCUGCAAUCUACAAGCCUCCAUCCCGUGAGCUUAAAGCAGUGCGCAGGUGCAUCGGCCUCCUAGACAUCUUUGGCUUUGAGAACUUCACCAUCAACAGCUUUGAGCAGCUCUGUAUAAACUUUGCCAACGAAAACCUGCAGCAGUUCUUCGUGCGGCACGUCUUCAAGCUGGAGCAGGAGGAGUACAACCUGGAGAACAUCAACUGGCAGCACAUCGAGUUCACCGACAACCAGGACGCCCUGGACAUGAUCGCCAUCAAGCCCAUGAACAUUAUCUCCCUCAUCGAUGAGGAGAGCAAGUUCCCUAAAGGCACAGACACCACCAUGCUGAACAAGCUGAACUCUCAGCACAAGCUUAACACCAACUACAUCCCCCCAAAAAACACCUACGAAACCCAGUUUGGGAUCCAGCACUUUGCUGGCGUGGUCUACUAUGAGACGAGAGGUUUUUUGGAAAAAAACAGAGACACUCUCCAUGGUGACAUUAUUCAACUGGUUCACUCUUCCAAGAACAAGUUCAUCAAGCAGAUCUUUCAAGCUGAUGUUGCCAUGGGGGCGGAAACGAGGAAGCGCUCGCCGACGCUGAGCAGCCAGUUCAAGCGCUCUCUGGAGCUGUUGAUGCGCACGCUGAGCGUGUGUCAGCCUUUCUUCGUGCGCUGCAUCAAACCCAACGAGUACAAGAAGCCCAUGCUCUUUGACAGGGAACUCUGCGUGAGACAGCUCCGCUAUUCCGGAAUGAUGGAAACUAUACGGAUACGCAGGGCUGGUUAUCCCAUCCGUUACACCUUUGUGGAGUUUGUGGAUCGCUACCGUGUCCUCUUGCCAGGAGUGAAGCCCGCCUACAAACAGGGGGACCUGCGAGGGACGUGCCAGCACAUUGCUGAGACGGUCCUUGGCAGAAAUGAUGACUGGCAGAUGGGAAAGACCAAGAUCUUCCUGAAGGACCACCACGAUAUGCUCCUGGAGAUUGAGAGAGACAAGGCCAUCACUGACAAGGUCAUCCUCAUUCAGAAAGUGGUCCGAGGUUUCAAAGACAGGUCAAACUUCCUUAAGUUGAAGAAGUCUACCCUUUUCAUCCAGAAGACUUGGAGGGGUUACUACUGCCGGAAGAACUACAGCACGAUGCGUGCCGGAUUCUCCCGCCUCCAGGCCCUCUACCGCUCACGGAAGCUCCACCAGACGUACCAUGUGACCCGCCGCAGUGUCACACAGCUGCAGGCGUGCUCUCGAGGCUUCAUGGUGCGCCGGGCCUUCAGGCACCGCCUGUGGGCUGUCAUCACCAUCCAGGCGCACACCCGCGGCAUGAUCGCCCGCAGACUGUACGCCAGGCUCAAAGGAGAGUACCGGCGGCGCCUGGAGGCGGAGAAGAUGCGCCUGGCUGAGGAGGAGAAGCUGCGAAACCAGAUGAGCGCCAGGCGGGCCAAGGCCGAGGCAGAGCGCAUGCACCAGGAGCGCCUGGCCCAGCUGGCCCGCGAGGACGCCAAGCGGGAGAAGAAGGAGAGAGAGGAAGCGCGUAGGAAGAAGGAGCUCCUGGAGCAGAUGGAGAAGGCUCGCCACGAGCCCGUCAAUGAUUCCGACAUGGUGGACAAGAUGUUCGGCUUCCUCGGCACCACCAACUCCCUGCCUGGGCAGGAAGGGCAGGCUCCGGCUGGAUUUGAAGACCUGGAGCGUGGCCAGGCCCAGCUUGAGGAAGAGGACCUGGACGAGGCUCUUCCUCUCCCCGAGGAGGAUGAGGAGGAUCUCUCCGAGUACAAGUUCGCCAAGUUCGCAGCCACCUACUUCCAGGGCACCAGCACACACACCUACAUGCGCCGGCCCCUCAAACAGCCGCUGCUGUUCCACGACGACGAGGGUGAUCAGCUGGCAGCACUGGCAGUCUGGAUCACUGUCCUGCGGUUCAUGGGCGACCUCCCCGAACCAAAGUACCACACAGCCAUCAGUGACGGGAGUGAAAAAAUCCCCGUGAUGACCAAGAUCUACGAGACUCUGGGCAAGAAGACCUACAAAAGAGAGCUGCAGGCCCUGCAGGGCGAGGGAGAGAAUUCGCACGUUGACAGUCACAAGAAAAACAGUGUCCGUCACAAGCUAGUGUCCCUCACCCUGAAGAAGAAGUCAAAGAUUACUGAGGAGGUGACCAAGCGUCUAACGGACGGGGAGUACACGGUGCAUGGCAACAGCAUGCUAGAGGACCGGCCCACGUCCAACCUGGAGAAACUUCACUUUAUCAUCGGCAACGGAAUCCUCCGUCCCACCCUCAGAGACGAGAUCUACUGUCAGAUCUGCAAGCAGCUGACCCAGAAUCCAUCCAAAAGUAGCCAUGCCCGCGGCUGGAUCCUCCUGUCCCUGUGUGUGGGCUGCUUCGCCCCCUCCGAGAAGUUUGUGAAGUACUUAAGGAACUUCAUUAAUGAAGGCCCUCCAGGCUAUGCUCCAUACUGUGAGGAGAGACUCCGGAGGACGUUCGCCAACGGCACCCGGACACAGCCACCCUCCUGGCUUGAGCUCCAGGCCACUAAGUCAAAGAAGCCCAUCAUGCUGCCAGUGACCUUUAUGGAUGGCACCACCAAGACCUUGCUGACCGAUUCGGCAACCACAGCAAGGGAACUGUGCAACACGCUGGCCGACAAGAUCAGCCUGAGAGAUCGCUUCGGCUUCUCGCUCUACAUAGCUCUGUUUGACAAGGUAUCGUCUCUAGGCAGCAGUCAUGACCACGUGAUGGAUGCCGUGUCUCAGUGUGAACAGUACGCUAAAGAGCAGGGCGCUCAGGAGCGCAACGCCCCCUGGAGGCUGUUCUUCAGGAAGGAGAUUUUCACACCCUGGCAUGACCCCACUGAGGACAGUGUGGCCACUAACCUCAUCUAUCAGCAGAUCGUACGCGGGGUCAAGUUCGGAGAGUACCGCUGUGACCGGGAGGACCUGGCGGAGCUGGCCUCGCAGCAGUACUACGUGGACUACGGCUCCGAGAUCCUCCUCGAGCGUCUCCUCAGCCUCAUCCCUUCCUACGUCCCGGACCGCGACAUCAGCUCCACCAAGACCGUGGAAAAGUGGGCGCACUUCAUCAUGGCCGCCCACAAAAAGGGCAUUUACACACAGAAGCAUGUGGAUCCCCAGAAGGUCAAAGAGGAAGUGGUGGAUUUUGCUCGAUACAAGUGGCCUUUGUUGUUCUCCAGAUUCUAUGAAGCCUUUAAAUUUUCAGGCCCCAGUCUGCCUAAGAAUGAUGUGAUCGUAGCGGUGAACUGGACUGGAGUUUACUUUGUAGAUGAGCAGGAACAGGUCCUUCUAGAACUCUCUUUCCCAGAAAUCAAUGCUGUCUCCAGCAGCAGUGGAGGGAAACUCCUUGGACAGAGCUUCACAGUGGCCACCAUUAAAGGAGACGAAUACACCUUCACCUCCAACAAUGCUGAGGACAUACGCGACCUGAUUGUCACCUUCCUCGAGGGCCUCAGGAGGAGGUCGAAGUUCGUGGUAGCGCUGCAGGAUAACCCAAGCCCAGUCGGUGAUGAUGCGACGUUCCUGAGCUUCGCUAAAGGUGACCUCAUCAUUCUGGACCAGGACACAGGCGAGCAGGUCAUGACCUCUGGCUGGGCGCACGGGGUCAACGACAGAACCAAACAGAAAGGAGACUUCCCAGCGGACUGCGUCUACGUGCUGCCUACGGUCACCAGGCCACAGCUGGACAUCGUGGCUCUGGUUACCAUGACGCCAGACCAGCGUCAGGAGUCGAUCCGCGUAUCCCAGGUAGUUCUGCCGGAGAGCGUGGAGCGGGAAAAGCCUUACACGCUCGAGGAGUUCUCUUACGACCACUUCAGGCCGCCUCCCAAGCACACCCUGAGCCGGGUGAUGAUCACGAAGAACCGGGGGAAGGACAAGCUGUGGAGUUGCACGCGGGAGCCCCUGAAGCAGCCACUGCUGAAGAAGGUGCUGGCCCACGAGGAGCUCUCCCAGGAGGCAUGCAUGGCCUUCAUCGCCAUUAUGAAAUAUAUGGGCGACUAUCCGUCCAAACGAACACGCUCUGUCAACGAACUCACAGAUCAGAUCUUCGAGGGAGCACUGAAGGCCGAGCCCAUGAAAGAUGAAAUCUUCUGUCAGAUUCUUAAACAGCUCACGGACAAUCAUGUGAAGUACAGCGAGGAAAAGGGUUGGGAGCUGCUCUGGUUGUGCACUGGCCUCUUUCCUCCCAGUAAUGUCCUUCUGCCCCAUGUCCAGAGGUUCCUGCAGUCCAAGAAGCACCACCCACUCGCCCCAGACUGCAUGCAGAGACUACAGAAAGCCUUACGGAAUGGCUCCAGGAAGUACCCUCCACACUUGGUGGAAGUGGAGGCUAUCCAGCACAAGACAACACAGAUCUUUCACAAAGUGUACUUCCCGGAUGACACCGAUGAGGCUUUUGAGGUGGAGUCCAGUACAAAGGCUAAGGACUUCUGUCUGAACAUCUCUGGCAGACUGCUGCUCAAGUCUCCAGAGGGCUUCAGUCUGUUUGUAAAGAUCUCCGAUAAGGUCAUAAGCGUCCCAGAAGGUGAUUUCUUCUUUGACUUUGUUCGACAUCUUACUGACCGGAUCAAGAAAGCCAGGCCUGCUAAGGAUGGUAUAGUGCCUUCACUGACCUACCAGGUGUUCUUCAUGAAGAAGCUGUGGACAAGCACAAUCCCUGGAAAAGAUUCUUUUGCAGACUCCAUCUUCCAUUACUAUCAGGAACUUCCCAAGUAUCUCCGUGGUUACCACAAAUGCUCCAGGGAUGAAGUCUUUCAGCUGGCAGCUCUGAUCUACCGAGUCAAGUUUGAGGAUGACAAAUCGUAUUUUCCCAGCAUCCCCAAGUUACUAAAAGAGCUGAUUCCACACGACCUGAUUCGCCAGCUCUCCCCUGAUGACUGGAAAAGGUCGAUUCUGGCAUACUUCAACAAGCAAGCGGGCAAAUCUCGCGAGGAAGCCAAGCUCAUGUUUCUGAAGAUCAUUUUCAAGUGGCCUACGUUCGGUUCGGCUUUCUUCGAAGUGAAGCAAACCACUGAGCCAAAUUUACCCGAGAUCCUGCUGAUAGCCAUCAACAAGCACGGUGUGAGCCUCAUAGAACCAAAGACCAAGGAUAUUUUAACCACUCACCCCUUCACGAAGAUUUCCAACUGGAGCAGCGGCAACACCUACUUCCACAUCACCAUCGGCAACCUGGUGCGAGGGAGCAAGCUGCUCUGCGAGACCUCGCUGGGCUACAAGAUGGAUGACCUGCUGACCUCGUACAUCAGCCAGAUGCUGACCACAAUGAGCAAGCAGAGGAGCACACGGGGCCAGAGCAAGUGAACAUCUUACUGGCGGGAGGCGGCGGAGCUGGUGCGCCUGCUGGGGCCUGUGGGCCAGCCUUGCAGCUGGAGCCAUACGUUCGCCCGGCAGCUGUGGUGGAUGAGCCGUAGCCCGUCGGCCAGCUCGUGGGGCUCCGCCUACCCCGGCGAGGAUGACAGAACUUCGUCGGCCUCCAGCGAGGACGACUACCUCUGAAAGGGCCCAGGCGGAUCUGGAAGCAAAACCGCUCGCCUCCUGCCCAUCGACACACACACGCACGCACACACACAAACAUACGCACAUACACACCGAUACCGACCCACCCACCACCCCGUACCCAGUCUCUGUGCGACAAACGCUGACCUCCAGAUGGCUGUUCUGCACUGUAUGCAUGUGAUUUUAACCAGCACAAAUGCAGCCAUGGUAGGUUAGAAACACGCUGCCAAGGUCUGCAUUUGAAAUUAUAACUAAAAUGAGCAGUUACCAAUUUUUUUGAACUUUUUUUUUUUUUUUUUACUACUACUAUUGUAAUUACUCUUAUGUGUUUAAGAAGUGGGCAGUUAAAGUAAUGGACACCCAAGGAUUGCCUUAUGAUGCAAUAGUUUUCACUGGACUGCAAAGACUGUCCAGAAAGAUUUUAAUUCCCCUCUUGUCUUGUUUAUACGUUUGACUGAAGUUGUUAAAGUGAGACUUACCGCUUCUUGAAACAGCCCAUCCCCCGCUGGGUAACUGGCCUGUUAAUGGGUGUUUAUUUUGCAACCAACAUUAUUACAUCCUUUUACAAUGUACCAUUACAGACUACAACUGUGACAAUUUAGAGAGCCAUUUAGACAAAUGCAUAAAAAGUCUGAGAGAGAGAUUUCUGCCCUCAGAAAUAAAUAUUAUGUAUUGCCACAUAAAUUGCUAGUUCUAGACUUCCAUAACACUGUAAUGCAUAAUAUUUGUGAAUUAAUUUCUGGCAGUGUAAACAGAUUACUAAGAUUACUAACAGAUUACAUUUUUUAUGUCUUAGUGUUCUCUCAGAAGCCUUAAUGUUUGUUUGUUUUUUUUUAUUUUCAAGAACAAAUUGUGCUGUAGGUUUUUAUAGGUUAGCGUGCUAUGAAAUAGACUUAACAGCCUAACCUUGUUUUGUUUUAAGUGCUUCUUUGUUUAAAAUGUUUGGCAUGUAGUGGAGCCAUCCUUAAAGAAAUCGUUUCCAGAAGAGUCAUAGCCUCAACAGUAGAACCGUUGUCUAAGAUGAUAUUGUUAGGCCGAGGUAUUGGUCAUGUACAACCCAAGCUGGAGAACAGAGGCCUUAUUUCAAAACCGCAUUGAUGAAGCUUGGAGUCUGGAUAGGUGUAACCCAUAAGAACAUAGUGGUGGCUGUGAAAAUAUCAACCAGGCUUUGAGCUAAAUAGUAAAGUUAAAUUCCCCUAUAUGUACAUUAGUAACUUCCCAGUCAAACAUUUGGAGAUCCACAAUCAUUUUGCUCUAUCCCAGUUCCCAAUGGACUUGAACAAACCAAGCAAGACUAAAUACAGUAAUUCUAUUGGGA